CGAGAUAUGAGCGCUUAUUAGUUGGGUGGUUUAUGACUAAUUUAAAAAGUCAGUGGAUAUUGGAUUUAACACUCGUGGCUGUAACCUUACCGCUAUUUUAGAGAAAUUUUGAAGGUCAUGUCUGUCGGAAAACAGGAUGGAGUCACAUGAUAUGAGCGUUCUGAGAUUCCGUUCUGUUUGUAAAUAUGAUGUAAUAAAAUUGCAGUCACUUUAUGAGGAAUGCUUUCCAGUCAGGACCUCCUUGAUAAUUCAUCUCUUAUAUCUAUUGCAGCAGUUUCAGGUGAUGACUUAGUUGGUAUCUUGGUAGGGACAGUAACGACCCUGGGAAACUGUAGUGCUGAUGAUAAUAAAUUACUUGCAUCGAGUUUUCCACUUUCGACCGGAGUUGCAUACAUACUUAGUUUGGGUGUUACGUCGUCAUUCAGAUCCAGAGGUGUUGCAUCUAUUUUAUUGAGAUCAUUUAUUGGUUAUGUAUCCGGUGAAAAUAUGGAUUGGUUGAAUGAUUCUAAUUAUCAAGGUGAUUUACCUUGUCCGGAUCUAUUCAGUCAAACUGUAAAUGUGAAUCCAGCUCACCAUAGAAAUGGAGAGGAUUGUUAUUCUGACAGCAAUGUAUCAACUAAGUAUAACGAUACAUCUUCGUCUAUAAUUUGGCGUGUCAAAGAUUAUAAAUCUCUAUACAAUCUAAUUACACAAUUACCACAUGUCUCUCCUGUACAAGCUGUUUAUCUUCAUGUGUUACAUAGUAAUCUACAUGCAAGACGUUUCUAUGAAAAUCGUGGUUUUAUUUUUCUUCAUACACGUCCCGGUUGUUAUACAAUUGAUGGUAGAUCUGCUGAUGGUUGUACAUAUGUUCUUCAUACAAAUGGUGGAUAUUUAGAUUGUAAACCAAUGUAUCCUUGUUCAAGUUUAUUAGUACUAUUAGUAGUAUUAUUAUUGAUAGUUUGGUUACCAGUUAGUCAAAUUCGGGGUGUUAGUUCAAAAGUGAUACACUCAAUAAGCUGAAAUUUUUUAGUUACUUCUCUAGCGAUUAGACCCAUCUCUCCCAUUGGAACAAGAUAAACUUUCAUCCUUCUUAUUUAAUCUUGUUAAGGUGAUUGAUAUUAACAGUGUGGCAUCAAUCCUUGAAGUCAUUAACUUCUAGUCUUAGCCAUGUUGGUAGAUGCAGACUACUUGGUUGGGGUCCGCGUGACCAAUGAUUGGAGACUGGGUGACAGGGCUCAAAAAUGAUCACAAUAGCGUCGGUUUAUACAUUCUUUGUCUUCCUUUAGACUAUGAGAUUAAAAUUGCUUUAUAUCUUUGUUUCUUCCUGUACUAUGUCCUUAUAUGCAAUCUUUCUUUUAUAUAUUACCACUAUUGAAGUAACUACUUCUAUGAACUUGGUGUUGAUCUUGUUGUGCUGAUGCGGUAUGGCAACUUGAACCGAUGCAUAUAUGUGCCUGGUCCUACGUUGUAGAUGACUGACUGAUUAUCAGUCAUCACACCUGAAAUAUAACAUAAAACAGAGUAAUUUAACCUGUACUUGAAACUACUUAUAUUAGAAAAUAACAACAGUCAAAUUCAUCUCACUGAUGAGUUUCAGUAAAAGUAUUGAUCACUAACAUUAGAAAUCAUAAUUUGACUGAAAGUGAUCAGGCUGUUGGUUUCGAAUGAGUGUAUUAUUGUUUUUUUAAAUAUUAAAUCUUUCCAAAGUUGUUUAUUACAUAUGUAAUUUACUGCCCCCAAAUGCCCUGCUACGGCUGAGGGUGGAGAGGGUCAGCUAUCCCUCUCGAAAUACUCUCACAUGGCAAUGUGCAUACAACCACUCCCAGGGAAGUCCUACUCAUCGCCUUCUCGCGGCGGGUGUGUUGAUUACGAAAGUGAGAGGAUGAAAAGUUAGUAUCUGGGGCUUUAACAGGGUUAGUUAAUACAGAGAAUUCACCUAGGGUAAUUGGUAAACCUGAUUCCAAACCAAUGGUGCACAUGGGCUCCAGUAUCCUUAUGGAACAAAUGGGAUAUGAAGCAAUUGUUGGUCACCGGCUACCAUGAGACUUCAUCUUUUUACUCUGUUUCACUACCAUGUGGAUCAGACCUGUGGGUGGAAGGCUCGGGGUGUGGCCCCCUAAGGAAACCACUUGCUUCAGUUUGGGCACCUGGGCAGUAUCCUAGUCCUCAUACAAUUCGGAUGAUUUUGUGACGCAUAUCUGUUUGGUGCCUCUAUUUCAUGAUUUUAAACAAUAUAACCAUAAUCAUUUAUGAUACAUUAAUUAAUUAUGAAUAUUUAUUGCUAAUCCUUAACUCUUAUUUUUAUCAUGUUAAGAAGUUAUAAUUUAAAUACUAUAUAUGAAUAUCUUAAUGAUCAUUCAAUAGUAUGUUAUCUAAGAUGGAUUAUUCGUUUAUUCUCUCAAUCAGGAUAUACCAUUUUGUAUAAAUUACGUCGAUUUUCACAUUAUCUUUAUGAUACUACCCCUUUAAUGUUUUUAAAUUAUCAUACAUAUAAUCAUCAAAGGCAGGGAUAUAUCAAUCAUAUUUCUUCGUCUUCUUCUUCGCAUCCAACUUCAUCUUGUUUACCGCGUCAUUUCUCUGAAUGUUCUUUUCCAGAUACCACAUCAACAUCAUCAUCAUCAUUAUGUGUUUCUCCAGAUUCAGCUGUUCUAGAUAAUGAGUAAUAUCCUUUCCAUUUACUUCAUUUAAUGCAUGAAAUUAUUUAAUCCAUAAUAGUGCACAUAUAUGUACAUAUUGUUAAGUUUUUUUUAGUCUGUUAAGAGAUUUAGUUUGAAGAUUGUUCUUUGAUUGAUCUUCAUUUUGUUUUGGACACCUAUUAUGUUCUUAGAUACCUUCUUUAUUCAUUUCCUGUUAGUUGUUUUCUUUGCCUUAUGUCUUACUGGUUAUAUAUGUGAUAAUUUAUGGAUACAUUUGUUAAAUUAUAAUCUCCUUAGACAAUUAAACAAAUGAUUUUGUACAUUUGUAGAUUAUACUACAUUAAAUCAUAAUGUAACACUUAGAUAUAUUCAACCCUAAUAAAGACUGUUACUUCUUUAUUUACUUUACUACCUUUACAACAUAAUUGUAUUAAAUAAUUGAUCAUAAUGAUACUGUGAUUAUGUUUGUUAAUUUUGUUACUUACUUACUUAUGCCUGUUAUUCCUCGUUGAGGAGCAUAGGCCACCCACCAACACUCUCUAUGCAACCCUGUCUUAGGCAAUUGUUUCUAGUUCUUUUCAGUUGUUAUUCAUCUUUUUCAUAUCUUUAAUUUUGUCACCUUUCGAAAAUUGACAAACUUUGAUUUGUUAAUGACGUUUACUCUUUUUUUCUUUGUUGUUGUUAAAUUGUUCGUAUUCUUCAUUUCGUUAUGUUUAUUUUGUUAUCAUUCAUAACUCAUAAAUACCACGUUGUUCAACGUAUUGUAAAAUAAAACUAACUGACCUGAUGAGCGUUUUAGUAUAUAUGUAUGUAUGUAUGCAUGGAUGGAUGGAUAAUACAAUGGGAUUGUCACAAUUGAUUGAUCACUGGGUGGUGAUCAGUGUCAUGUGUGUCAAGUUCUUCUUAGUACAGAUCGAAUGUUAUCGACCAUGUUGCAAUGUGGCCACCAGUCUAGGUGACUCGACACUGCGUGCACUAUAUAUUGACAUUAGAUGGUGGUUGGA